AUGCUCCGUCUCGGUCAGCUUUGGGGUAUCGCUGCUCUUGCGGUAGUGACAGUUGCUGCUCCUUCUCGUUCCGUCCCUCGAGAUGUGUCAAGUAGUGUGCUUGAUCAAUUGACCCUAUUUUCUCAAUGGGCUGCGGCGUCAUACUGCACGAAUAAUGACAACUCAACUGGCGAUGCGGUCUCUUGCGAGGCCGGCAACUGUCCAUUGGUGGAGUCCGCCGACACAACCACUUUAUUCGAGUUUAAUGAAUCAUCCAGCUAUGGCGAUGUCGCCGGCUUCUUCGCAGUCGACAAAACAAACAAGCUACUUGUCGUCUCAUUCCGAGGUAGCCGCACACUAAAGACUUGGAUCGCAAACAUCAACUUUGGCUUCACCGAUGCUAGUAGUAUCUGCAGUGAUUGCGAAGCCCACAGCGGGUUCUUGGAAUCCUGGGAGGUUAUCGCGGAUGAUCUGACAUCCAAGAUCAAGACCGCACAGACAACAUACCCAGGCUACACUCUUGUUGUGACAGGCCACAGCUUUGGCGGAGCUCUUGCCACGUUGGGGGGUACUAUACUUCGAAAUGCGGGAUAUGAACCGAACGUGUACACCUAUGGCCAGCCCCGGGUGGGCAAUGAGGCUCUAGCUGAAUAUAUCACGAACCAGGGCAGUCUUUGGCGAGUGACUCAUGAAUCUGAUUUGGUGCCUAAGGUGCCACCUUCACAUAUUGGUUUUAGCCACGCCAGUCCCGAGUACUGGAUUACUGUUGGUAACGAUGUGACGGUGACCUCGUCUGAUAUUGAUGUCAUUGAAGGCGUAGGCUCGAAGGCUGGAAAUGCUGGGACAUUGGAUCCUAGUAUUGAUGAACAUGGUUGGUAUUUGGGACACAUCAGUGCAUGUCAAUAG